AUGGCAACUGGCACUGGGACCGCUUCUAGCGGUGGAGCUGCAGAUGCGUACACGGGCAAAGCUGCAGCUAUGUGCCGACGUUCAACGGCAAGCAGAGCGACUACAGAGAGUAUCGCCGCAGGUGACUCGAAUCUCACCCUGGACGAGGCCAUCAAGGCGAUGAACUUCAUCAUUGGCCAGGUCUACUGGGAGUGGGAUGACUAUGAGGCUGAAGGUGACGAGGCGCUGGAUGGUGAGGAGACGUACUACUAUGACACAGAGAAUGACACCAACCCCAUCGACAACACCUUCAAUGUGGACGAGUACGACGAUGCCUUUGCCAGCUACAUCGACGCGAAGAAUCUCAAUCGGAUGAGGACCAGCCGAGGAUUCUAUCCGGUGGUGGCCAUGGUCCAACAACCUCCUCUUCGAGAUGGUGGCAAAGGUGGAAAAUCGACGAAAGAAAAAGGCAAGAGUAGCAAAGGACAUCAAGCCAAGAACUGCCCUGCAUCAGGUGACAGAAAGCGCAAGGCAGACAAUGCAGGAGACGAAGAUGACGUCCGCAUGGUGGUGGAGUAUGACGAGUCCUUCUCAACUCAGGACCUUGACAACCUGACUGAUCGAGCUGUUCAAGAUGGUGGAGCAGCUUCAGUGCUUGGAAGCCGCAAGAUGGUUGGCAACUACAGCAAACUCCUUGAGGUGCUGGGUGUCAACAUCCACAAGGAAGCGGAAGUCCUCAAAUGCCAGAAAGGCUUCAAGUACGGCAACAGUCAGAAGGAGAUCACCAACAGUGCUGCCUCAUUCCGACCUAUGUGGGAGGACAACGGAGGAAGAUCCUAUGCUACAUCAUCGGUGGCAAUGCGCCGAUCCUCAUGGGACGGCCUUUUAUGCGGGAGUUCGGCAUCGUUGUGGACUAUGACAACAACAUGGUUCGAUACCGAGGUGGUGAAUGGCAAGAAGUUGAGUGAGUACAUAGUCAGGCUUGCAGCUGACCUUGAAGAACUGAGGAACAAUGAGGACGAGCAGAUCCUCAUGCCUGAUGACUUCACCGACCACAUCGACACCAUUGAACGACUUCCUUUGUCGGCCAUCUUGGACGAUGAGGACAUCAUCAGCCGAGCUGAGACCACUGUGGUGACAGCCCCAAGUGAGGCUACGCCAAGCAAUGCCGAGCACAUCAAGCAGGAGGAUGUCAAGAGGGAGAUUCAUCCGAGUGCCGGACCUGGAGAAUCACAAUCAGGGCCAAGACUGAAUCCAAUCACCGAGAAGAGCACAGGAAGCACUCAUGAUGAUGGAGUUUCACCAGAAAGAUGCACGACGAAUUCAAUCACAGGAGCGCCGACAGCUCGACUCACCACUGCAAAGCUGCGCAAGAUGAUCUACGAGGCACGGAACUUGGUCAAGGAGCACGAGAACCUCAAGGCUCAAGCUCAUGAACCUGAAAUCAACAAGCUGGAAGGUUGCUCAGCCCGAAAGUUCGGAGUUGAACAAGGCUGGGACUUUUCAAGGCCAAAAGACCGAAAGUCCUUCAUCAAGCUGCUGAUGGACGAGGAGCCAGAUGAUGUUCAUCUCUCUCCAGAAUGCCGUCUUUGGAGCUCUUUGCAAGAGCUCACAGCAAGCCGGAGUGAAGAAGCUCGACAGUUUCUGAUCAAUGCCCGAACUGUCAACCAUGACACUCACUUGGUGUUCGUUGCAAUUGUCUACAAGAUCCAACAACGAGCUGGACGCAAUGCAACCAUCGAACAUCCAUGGCCAUCAAGGGCAUGGCAGACAAAGGCCUUUCUGCCUCUGGUUGGGUUCACAACCUACAUUGAUCAGUGCGAGCUUGAUCUUGAACUUCCAAACGAUGAUGGAGUUGUGCUUCCAGUCAAGAAGCCAACAUGCUUGCUGACAACCAGACACAACCUCUUCUAUAGCACAUAUUAUCCCUACGAGAUGGCCUAUAAACUGGCGCACUGCAUGACACAGCGAGAGGAGACCAUCGCUGAGAUCAAUGCUGCUGAAGAUGGUGAUGCAGAAUGCAGAAGGAAGAGAAGUGAAAUGGUCAAAGCCAACCGAGAGCUGAAGAAGAAGGUUGGAGCAAGAGCGGUGGACUAUGUCGCCAGACUGCACAAGAACCUGGGUCAUCCAUCGCCCGAGGUCUUGGUCAAGAUGCUGACGGAGGUGCAGGCGACAGAGAACGUGCUUCAAGCAGCCCGGGAGUACGUGUGCCGCAACUGCUAUCACAGGGCAAAACCAUUUCAAGUACCACCGUCUGGAGGAAUCUCUUCAACCACUUUUGGCAAUCUCCUGGUGGUGGACUCUUCAUGGAUUCAACUGGAGACAGGACGUCAAUGUGUCCUCACUAUGUGUGAUGAAGCAACUCGCUACAUUGCCGUCCGCAUUGCAGAGCGAGAAGUCCACUGA